CAAAUGCAAUGCAUUGUGUGUGCUGGUCAUAUCUUGUUUUAAACUUUCAGAAGAAUCGGCAGCUCAACAAAAAUGUAACAUGACAUCAAAACAGGACAACUCUGGAGACACUGAGAUGAAGUUCGUCGGAGUUUUUAAAUCUCUGGAUGCUGUGAAAAAAUGUCUUCAUAGUGAUAAGUAUUUUAGUCUGCCAGAAGUACAAGAGCUUCUGAAGAUCUUUGAUGAGAACUAUUCCAAAGCUAAUGAAGUAGUAGAUAGAUCCAAACGUAAAGUUUUCAUUGUUCUCGAAGGCAUUGAUGCAUCAGGUAAAACCACAAUCAGUGGUCGACUGACUCGCUUGAUCAGUGGACAGCAACUGGGUACGCCACCCCCUGCGCUACUGGGGCUGAGGGAGAAGUUUGACGCCCAUUCUCUAGAGCUGCGCCGGGCCUACUACGCCCUCGGUAACUAUCUCGCGGCCCAGCAAGUGAGAGAAGCCUACAUUGACAAACCAGUCAUCAUGGACAGGUUCUGGCAUAGUACCGCGGCGUACGCCAUUGCACAACAGGCAGUGGAAGAUUACAACGGCACUCUGCCGGCAGAGAACGAUGAGGUUUACGAGUGGCCUCACGACCUUCUCAAACCCGACAUUGUCUUCUUCCUCUCCGUCAGCGAGAGCAAGCGACUCGACCGACUCAUGAGGAGGAAGAAUAAGAGUGUCACUCGGGAGGAACUGAGAAUGAAAGACAACAAGGAACUAAGAGAGGCAAUGUUGCAAGCUUAUCUUCGGAUGAAGAAUCCUAGAGUCAGAGUCAUCAACGCAGACAAUUAUCCCAAGGUUGUUUUGAGGGCUUGUACGAACACACUCACUGCGGAGAAGCUUGUUAAGAUUGACACUGGCGCAACAGAAGAAGGCAUUCCAAAAGAGACUUUACAAACAUAAUGUGUUGCUUCAGUCCUCUUUAUAUAACUGUAAACAAGGUGUGCCUUAACAACAUAAUGCUUUCAUAUUGAUCUUUAAUACUCCAUAAUAUAUCAGUAUAAUAUUCAAUUAGGUGUUAAUGCCUCAUAAUGUUCAGUAUAAUAUUCAGUUAAGUGUACAAAAGAGUUUGCAUAAGAUAAUGGAAUUAAAAACUUGAAUUUCAGUAUUUUGUGGUAAAAACCGCUUUGUAUGUUUGUAGAAAAUUAUUGGUAUCAACAUCAACUAUCAAGGCACCUCUUUUACACAGUUACAGUACUCUUUUUUGUAUAAUGUAUUGUAUUGUUACCAAAGUUAUAUUUUGUCACUGACAAAAUUGUAUGCAUUUAUGUAAUAAAAUGACUGUAAUGUAUUAAAUAAAAUAAAAAAUGUUCAGA